AUGCUUGUGCUGACAAAGGAGCAGAAAGCAGCCAUAAUGCAACGAGGCACUGGGCUGUCGGCGCCGCGGCUGGAGGCGCGCUCCUCGUCCGAGCCGCAGCUGUCGCGCCUGCCGCCGGGCCUGACGGUGGACGAGCUGCCCCGCUACCGCCGCCGCCGCCCGCCGCAGCACCUCUGUCCGCAGGACAACCUGAGGCCGGCGCGGGACGCCUCCUUCAAGGCCGUCAAGUCCGAGUACCGCCGCCGCUUCCUCUCCUACCCGCUACAGCGCGAGGAGCACGCCCGGCACGCGCGGCGGCCGCGCGACCUGCUGCGGCUCGAGGGCGAGGCUGCCUUCUCGGCGGAGUACCGCGACCGCUUCGUCGCCUUCCCGCGGCAGCGGUUUAGCCGUCUGAGUGCAGCGGGCGGGUCUAUGUUGCAGGCGUCUACGGAGCAAGCGUCGCAGUACGUGUGCCACGGGUCGCCGGCGCGCGCGCCACUUCUGCGCAGGCGCACUAGCCUGCGUACGGAGGGGGACCUGCUCGUGCGCGAGUCUGAGCUGCGAGCGCGCUUCAAGAGGCUGCAGGGCGCCCAGCGCGCCGAGCUCGCGCGACGGCCAACCACACUCAGGAUGGAGGGCGAGAUGGAGACGCGCACUGAGCACUUGGAGCGCUUCUGCGAGCCCGGUUCGGGCGCGCGGCGCGCCGAGCUGAGCAAGCGGCGCACGCAGCUGCAGCUGGAGGGCGAGCUCGCCUGCGACACAGAGUCCCGCGCCAGCUUCGCGCCGCCUGUGCCCGCCGCCGAGCGCCGCCCGCCACUGCGCAGGCGCGCCACCAACCUGCGCCUCGACGCCGAGCAGUCGGCGCAGCUGAGCUCCGAGUACCGCGCGCUGUUCGCGGACUUCCCGCAGCGCGACCCGCCCGUGCGCCGGCGGCCGCCUCAGGGGAACCUCGCGCCGGGCACCGGAGAAAUGGAGAAGGUGACGGAGAAGCGGGCGCACUUCGUGGACUGGACGGGCGUGGCGGAGCGGCCGCGUCCGCACCGGCGCAGUUCGAGCCUCAAGCUGGAGAUGGAGGUGGCCGGCGGCGGCGGCGGCGGCGGCGGCGGCGGCGCGGUGCUGCCCGAGUACCGGGAGCGCUUCGUGGAGUUCCCGGCGGUGGCGCGGCCGCCCGCCGCCACCAGGGCGCUGGCGCAGUCGCUGCGCCUCGAGGGCGACCUGCUCACCGAGACAGAGAAGAGCGCCCAGUUCGUCGACCACUACUCGCCCGUGGCGCGCCGCCGCCAGCGUCCGCCCAGCGGAGCCACGGCUGCGCAGCGCCCUGCUGCCGGCAAGCGCACCGAGGACCAGGCCACCAGGGACCAGCAGCUGCAGCGCGAGCUGCGCGCCCGCGCGCCGCCCGCCGACCUGGAGCCGGUGUUCCCUGCCACGGCGCCCGGCUUCCGCGACCGCGACCAGCCGCAGCCGCAGCCGCAGGCGCCGCUCUCGCGCGGCCUCAGCCUCGACUCUCCCGCGGCCCGCCGCCGCGCUCAGCGCCGCCCCUCGCAGGCCUCCGCCACCGGCGCCGCCCCCGCCACUGCCACCGCUACACCGCCCACGCCGCGCAAGGCGCCCACCAGCCCCGCCCGCACCCCACCCACGCCGCGGAAGGUGCGCGCCCGCCACCAGUACGACAAAUCACCGCCGCACACUCCCAAAAAGUCAGCCCCCAAGAAAGCGCCGGCUACGCCGCGAGUCGGCUCUCCGUCGCCGUCGGCGGGCAGUGGGCGGCGGCGGCCCACGUCUGCCUCUCCCCACAGGCAGCAGACAGAGCAGCAGACAGAGCAGCAGCAGCAGGCCAAGGGCGCCAGGCCGGCCGACACGCAGCUCCAGGACGCCGAGGAGUCCGCCGCCAACCACCAGUCGCCGCCGCCGCAGCCGCAACCGCAGCCGCAACAGCUCCUCGCUGUACCCGUCAGGUACUCACUCAAACAGCUAAACUGA